AUGGCAUCGCCUACUCCACUGCUGCUGGCGGCCGCCGGCGGCUUCCUGUGGGCGUUUGGCAUUCUGGGCAAGCGCUUGGGUGUCGAAGGUGCCAGCAAUGGCACCAAAGCAGUACGCCUCCUGGAUGUGCAGUUUUGUCUGCUUCUGAUCUCGCUAGUUGACUGGGCUUGCGCAGCAAUUACAAUCUUCGUCUACACACUGACCACGGUGGUUUCUCCGUCUGUGGAUUUGUUUAGGAUGGGCGGCGAGGGCUGGUCCAGGACUUGGAACAAUCCGGACUGGAACCAUCGCCUGCCCUGGAUCUUCGGUUGUGGCCUCAUCAGUGGUGCGGGUGGGUUGCUAGGAACCGUGGCUUUCGCCUGGUCUGCUGGAUCCUCUAGUGCUCUCAUCUCGAUGAUAGAGAACGGCACCUAUACUAUGUCCAGCGCUUUGAUAAUCGCCCUAUACUUUCAGGAACACCUGAAGCCCCAGACCUACGUCGGCUUUGUAUUCAUCCUGGCCGGCGUUGUUCUCGCCCAGAGGUCCUCUCGGCAGAGAGAGCCGGUCCCGCUCUGUGACGACACAGAGGAGUCAGAGUCCGAUGAAGAGAUGGAAAAAAAGGUGGAUGAUGGCUUGGACAGCGAGGAUGACAACUCCACUGUGGCCCCAUCUUCCCUUCGUAUGAGGGCCGUCUUUCUGUCGGUUGCAGCAGGCACCUGCUGGGGCUUCGGGCCUCUGGGGAAGAAGAUUGGAGUACAUGGCAGCAGCGAUGCUGAGCAGCAUGAAUGGACGACAUGUACUUACUUUGUUUACAUGGUGGCGACAACCGUCGUUCCUCUGGGUCGUGUUCUAGCGAGUGACAGUGCCAGCCGGCGGAUGGUCCUUCGGGACAGAAGGUUCCGCUACCUGUUGCUUGGCACCAUGCUUUGUGGACUCAUUUCCGGCUGUGGCGGCCUUAUAAGUACCUUCGCCUUCUCCUUAGAAGGUUACUUCUCAGGGGCUCUAAUCGCCACUGUGGAGAAUGGCGUCUACACCGUGUUUGGGGCUUUGCUGAUCGCCGUGUUGUUUGAGGAGGAACUAGGCACGCAGCAGCUUCUCAGCGCCUGUUCUGUCGUUCUGGCUAUCUUCAUUUUCGGCAUGGACUUCAGGUGGAUGGCAAGCCACCUGGGCUUCGGCUAG